UGCGCCUCUUCCUCCUCCAUCACUCAAAACCCUUUUUCCGACAAGAACCCUAAACCCAACAGCCGACACCAUGACAGAAGUCGAAGAAGUUCCAGCCGACACCGGAGACUACAUGAUCAAGCCCCAAAGCUUCACCCCCGCCAUCGACACAUCCCAGUGGCCCCUCCUCCUCAAGAACUACGACCUCCUCAACGUCCGUACCGGUCACUACACUCCCAUCUCCUCCGGCCACUCCCCUCUCAAGCGUCCCCUCAUUGACUACAUCCGCUACGGUGUCAUCAACCUCGACAAGCCCUCGAACCCUUCUUCCCACGAGGUCGUCGCUUGGAUAAAACGCAUCCUCCGCGUUGAGAAGACAGGACACAGUGGAACCCUUGACCCUAAAGUCACGGGUAACCUCAUCGUCUGCAUCGACAGAGCCACGAGGCUUGUGAAGUCUCAGCAAGGCGCGGGGAAAGAGUACGUCUGCGUUGCUCGUCUCCACUCUGCUGUCCCCGAUGUUGCGAAGGUGGCGAGGGCUCUUGAGUCUCUCACCGGAGCUGUGUUCCAGAGACCGCCUUUGAUCUCUGCUGUGAAGAGACAGCUGAGGAUUAGGACGAUCUAUCAGAGUAAGUUGCUUGAGUACGAUGCGGAUAGGCAUUUGGUUGUGUUCUGGGUUUCUUGUGAGGCGGGUACUUACAUUAGGACCAUGUGUGUUCACUUGGGGUUGCUUCUUGGUGUCGGUGGGCAUAUGCAAGAGCUUAGGAGGGUUAGGUCUGGGAUCUUGGGUGAGAAUGAUAACAUGGUUACUAUGCAUGAUGUCAUGGACGCUCAGUGGAUGUAUGAUAACUACAAGGAUGAGAGUUAUCUCAGGAGGGUUAUUAUGCCUCUUGAGGUGAUCUUGACGAGCUACAAGAGGCUCGUUGUGAAGGACUCUGCGGUUAAUGCGAUCUGCUACGGUGCUAAGCUGAUGAUUCCCGGGCUGUUGAGGUUCGAGAAUGAUAUUGAUGUUGGUACUGAGGUUGUUUUGAUGACGACUAAAGGUGAGGCGAUUGCUGUUGGUAUCGCUGAGAUGACGACCUCUGUGAUGGCGACGUGUGAUCAUGGCGUUGUGGCGAAGAUCAAGAGGGUGGUGAUGGAUAGGGAUACUUACCCGAGGAAGUGGGGUUUGGGGCCUAGAGCUUCGAUGAAGAAGAAGCUUAUCGCUGAUGGGAAGUUGGAUAAGCAUGGGAAGCCUAAUGAGAAGACGCCUGUUGAGUGGAGCAGGAACGUUGUUUUGCCAACAGGUGGUGAUGCUAUGAUCGCUGGUGCUGCUGCGGCUCCUGAGAAGGUUGUAGCUGUCGUGGAGAAGGUCGAGGCUGAGAAUGGAGAAGUGAGCAAGCGUAAGCACAAGCGUGAUGAGAGCAGUGACAGCCCCGCUCCUGUGUCAACCAAGAAGGCGAAGACCAAAGAUGUUGAAGGAGGUGAGGGUGAAGAGAAGGUGAAGUCUGAGAAGAAGGAGAAGAAGAAGAAGAAGGACAAGGAGGAGGAGAAAGAAGAGGUAGCGACACCAAAGUCAGAGAAGAAGAAAAAGAAGAGCAAGGAGACUGAUGAAGCUGCUUCAGCGGAGAAGAGUGAGAAGAAGAAGAAAAAGAAGAGCAAGGAGGUAGAUGAAGCUGCUUCAGCGGAGAAGAGUGAGAAGAAGAAAAAGAAGGACAAGAAGAAGAAAAGCAAAGACAGCGAAGAUGAGGAAUAAUUAGUUUGAGUUUUGUGUUAUGGUAUCUAUUCUGGAUAAAAGUGAGACAAAAGGCAUUUUAUGCUUGUAUCCAACGUCUCACUUCAGAUUAGUUUUUUUUUUUCUUAGUUUUUUACAUUUAUGUUUUUCCUUUUAUCUGCAAGACUUUAUGAGUGAUGGUUUUGGUUCUUAUGUUUUUCAACA